GGUGGUAACAAGCCUAGUUACGCCCUUAAUGAUUAAUACAGUAAAUCUAAAAAAUGUAGGGGCCCGGCCUAAUGUUUGAGCAAAUAUUGAUAUCAAAUCCAUAUAAGAUUUACGUGAGAUUUUAUGGUUUUAUGGCCAAACCUUCAUAUUGUUAUAAAAACCAUUAUAAAUUGUUUGCCUUUAUGGGGGUAAUCGGUAGUUGAAACAGUAUCGGGGCGAAUAACAAUAGGCGAUUACAAUUAGAAUGAGAGCGAAAUUGGAGUUUGAAUUUUCGGUUUUGUUGCUUCUAAUACCGACAACUUUCACCGCUCAAUGCAGGACCUGCUCGAACGACCAGUGCCACCAGGACUCCAUCGAGCUCACCACCUGCACCCCAUUUUCGGCCGUCACACCCUUCCAGACGUCCGGGCUUAUCAAGGACGACCCCAAUCAGGAAUACGUUUGUCUAAAAAUCGAGUAUUUCAAUGGUGGCACCACUGAGCUUCUUCAGCAAUGCUUCAUCGCCCAGAACAUUUAUACAGCAUGCGAGAGCCUCGCCAAGGAGGUGAGUUAUACUUACUGUGACGUGGAGAGACCUCAGCAGGAACAGGACGAUGAGUUACUCGAACACGCUGUUGGCACUUUGGAAAGUGCUACAGAUGAAGCAGUUGAAUCAGCAACUUCACCCUUAGGAGACAGAGGACUCAGACCUUCCAGUGACGAGGAGAGUACAGAAACUUCAAUUGUUCAAUCAAAUUAUGUUCAAACAAUCGAAACGGUGGAGGUAUCAAGUGAAAGUGACGCUUCAGCAAGUGAAUCAGUGGCAUUCAGUUCAAGUGAACCCGUAGAAGUCGGUUUUACUGAAGGUCUGACCAAUUGGGGGCUAUCGAAUGACAUUGAUUCAACCGAAGAACACAUAACCUCAACUGAACCAGAUUUGAGUAAUAAUGAACUGAGUUCUGAGGUCACAACUGGUGAAGAAGGAACCAGUUUUACUGACGGUGUGAGCACUUGGGAACCACCAAAGGGAACUGAUGCUAGUGAGGACCACAUAACCUCAACUAUGCGAACUGAAUCAAGGUCAUCUAGUGACGAACCGAGGUCAGAGGUGACCACUAUCCCAACUGAAGCUGAGGAAGUCACUGAAGGUCUGACCACUUGGAAGCCAUCAAAUGACAUUGAUUCAACCGGAGAACACAUAACCUCAAAUGAACCAGAUUCGAGUAAUAACGAACUGAGUUCUAAGGUCACAACUGGUGAAGAAGAAACCAGUUUUACUGAAAGUGCGAAAGCUUGGGAGCUGUAUCAUAUAACCUCAACUAUGCGAACUGAAUCAACGUCAUCUAGUGACGAAUCGAAGUCAGACGUGACUACGUCAACUAUAGACGAAGAAACCACUUGGGGGUCAUCAAACGACACUGCUUCAGGUGGCCCCCUAUUGGCUAACGUGACCCACCUUGAAACAACCGAAAUCCCUCAAAACUUCUUUGAUGGAGAUGUGACUCUAAUCUCGACUAAUGUUCCUAGUGACGAGCUCCAUUCGGAUACUCCCUCUGACGAAGAUGAACGUCCUUCUAAUUUUAAUUCGGGUGAUACGAAUGGACUCGUGGUUGUACUCGGAGUGUCCGUAGGACUUGUGGUUGUACUUGGCGUCUUCGUAGAACUUGUGGUUGUCGUUGGAGUGUCCGUAAGACUUGUGGUUGUCGUUGGAGUGUCCGUAAGACUUGUGGUUGUCGUUGGAGUGUCCGUAGAACUUGUGGUUGUUCUCGGAGUGUCCGUAGGACUCGUGGUUGUACUCGGAGUGUCCGUAGGACUCGUGGUUGUACUCGGAGUGUCCGACUCGUGGUUGUACUCGGAGUGUCCGUAG